CUCCACACAGGUGCGAACGAUACAGCAUGCACUACAACCGGGCUUCUCGCGCCUCAAUGACCUGACGAUUCCCAGUUAUUGGUUUUCGGCGUCUUGAAUUGCAAUCCAGAAAGCAGUCCCACUACCGAGCUAAACAGGCUCAACCCACCAAAAAACCAUGGGCUUCACAACCGGCUUUACCGGCGGCGUGACAGUCACCCUCUCCCUAGCCUACCUCGCCGUCCUAACCCACCAGCGCAACCGCCAAUCCCAAUCCGACACCCUACGCGCCCAAUCCGCCGUCCUGACCAGCCUCACGCGCACCGCUGCACCACCGCCGACGGAACAGCAACAACCAACCACUCCCAGCUGGCGCCGCCACGACCUCGCCGAGACGGCAAAGGACCGCUGGAACGCCGAGCUGCAGGGCGCUGUGCGGUGGGCGCAGAACAAGGACUGGGCCGGGGCGCGCGAGGCCGCCGAGACGGCGGUGGCGCGCCUGCUAUGGGGGGGUGGUGGUGCGGACGCCGGAUCCGCGCAGCGGGAGGGGGAGGCGGGCGUCGUGGCUGGGGCGAUGCGCGGUGCCGGGGCGGCGCUUGGGGAGGCAGGGGCGAGGACGGCGGAUGCUGUGCAUGUCAAGGCUGAGGAGACGAGGGACGCUGUGCGUGUCAGGGCUGGGGAGGCGAGGGAGGCGGUGCAUGUGAAGGCUGGGGAGGCGAGGGCCGUGGUGGCGAGGGGGGUUGAGAAGGGGAGGGAGGCGGUUGGAAGGGCUAGGGCGACGGUUGGGUUGGCGGAGGAGAGGUUUGAGAGUAGGGUUGAUGCGAAGUUGCUACGUGUGUCGGACGUCGAGAAGGCACUGAGCGAGCGGUAUGAGAAGGGGGAUGAGGUGAUGAGCAAGAGUGUCGAGGAGAUUCUGAGCGACAGGUAUAAGCCGAUCGAUCAGAGGGACAACACGAAACUUAGAGGGCUAUAGGCCGCUUGGCUGAUAUGGUGAUGUGCGUUCCCGGGGAACCUGGACUGUUCCUUUGGACAGUUUCGCUGCUCAUUUGUUCAUAGAGUCUACAGCUGGAUGUAGUAUAGAGUAUGGCCUGAAGCUAGGCAAUAGACGGUGCCAAGUUUACUGACCCC